AUGGUCAAAUGCAGUUUUCUUCUCCACUCCCUAUCAAUAUUUUCUCUUGUCAAUGUUGCACUUCCAUGUGUUGCAACAAGUGGAGGUACAGUAACCACUACUGUAGCUCCGACGACGACAUCCACGACAGCGACAACAGCCUGCACCAGUUGCACAGCCAGUCAGGUGACAUUUGCUCAAGGGAACGGAGGAAUACAAAUCGAUACAAGUGGAAUUUCUGGAACAGAUGCAGCAACUGGAUGUUUAACACUGACAGCCACGUGUACAGCUGACACCGCUAAUAUUGCAUUCAUGCAGUUUAAUUUUAAUCAAGGAGGUCCUGCUGAAAAUGCGAAUAUGGGAAUGACAAUUAACGCACUUUUGAAUUGUGUAGAUGGGAAUUGGGUUUACACAAGCGGUGGAGUUUCGAGAAUUGUAACUCAAGUAUCUUGUAAUCAAGCACCUGAGGCCGUCGGUUAA